UUUUGUGCGAGUCCCAUCCAAGCUUCAACAAUCAGACUCUUUCUAAAUUACAAUCAUGGCCCCUCCAUCAACCUUCAAAGCCGCUCUCCUCCAUGAGGGAAGCAGCAACCACACAAUCACUGGGCGCUCACUGGGCGCCCUCGGCGACGAGGAGGUGCAGAUCAAGAUCACCGCCACAGCCAUCAACCCUGUCGACUGGAAGAUCCGAGACACUGGCUUCUUCCUAAAGACGUUCCCGGCGGUCCUGGGGAGCGAUGCCGCUGGCGAAAUCGCGGCCGUGGGUUCCAAGGUAUCGAACUUCGCGGUCGGCGACCGCGUCUUCUUCCAGGGCAUCGUUGGCAACUACGAUGCCAGCACUUUCCAGCAGUAUUGCAAGAUGCCAGCAGCUCUCGUGGCCAAGACGCCCGAUUCCAUCAGUGACGACCAGGCCGCGGGAAUCAGCCUUGCGACGGUUGCAGCCGUGACUGGUCUCUACGACAAGACGGGCCGGGGCCUUGCACCACCCUGGAGCGAUGGUGGUGACCGUGCUGGGAACGGAAAGGCCAUUGUCGUCCUCGGUGGAAGCUCAUCGGUUGGUCAGUAUGUGAUCCAGCUUGCCCGGCUCUCAGGCUACUCGCGCAUUGUAACCAACGCGAGCCUGACGCACGAGGAGCUCUUGAAGAAACUGGGAGCGCACGUUGUCUUGGAUCGAAAGCAGGCAGGCCCGCAGGACUACAUCGCCGCGGUGAAUGGGCUGCCUAUCGAUUUUGUAUAUGAUAGUAUUUCGCUGGCUGAGACCCAGGCCCUGGGAGUCGACAUUCUCCAUGGGGCCAACACCAAGAGCUGCGUCGUGACUGUGCUCGGGGCCGAUGCGGAUGCUCAGUCUCGCGGUGCAUCGAAGGAGCCCAAGGUCGAAGUGCGACAGAUCAUGGGCCUGGGUAGUAAGCCGGAGCUGCGGUACUUGAGCGAGCCUCUCUUUGAGCGUUUAGGCGGCCGUGAUGGAUGGCUGGCAGCUGGGCAGUUCGUUCCCAACCGGCCGGUGGUGGUGGACGGUGGUCUAGAUAGCAUCGACGAGGCACUCGACAAGAACAAGGCUGGUGUUUCUGGUGAGAAGGUGGUAAUUCACCCAUAAGCAAGUACAGACUGUCCGAGUGAGUCUCGAUAGGAAGAAGAUCGCGAUUCAGCAACACUUGAACAGGAAUUGAACUAUGGCGUAUCAUUAUUAAUGAAAUACAUGAUUGAAUGACAACUAGUGAAAUGCAUGUGCAGCUCCCUACUCAGUCUCUAUACAUUUGCUCGCUCCUUCAAAUGAACCAUCAACUUGCGCUUCUCCCACAGU